AUGUUAAAUUUAUAAACCAUAUUAAGAGGAUUUGAAGAAAAUGGAUUAAAAUAGGAAAGUCUGUACAAGGCAGAUGAAAUAUUGGCUAAAUUAGAUAUUAUGGCAAAGAAGGAAUUUGAUAGAGACAUUGCAGAAUAAUUAUUUUAGCAAUGCAAACCAACUUAAUUAAAUUUGAAAAUAGUUUAUAGAAUUGCAGAUAUUGGUUAAACAAUCAUAGAUGCAAUAUAGCUAUAAGCAGAAAAAGCAAGGAAUGCUGAAUAAUAACUUAAAUAAAUUUAAUAAAAUAAAGUUAUAUGUGAAAGUCAAUUAGCAGAAACAUGUUUGUUAUAAAUCUAUAAUUAGCUGUUUAUUCAAAUACUAGAUACUUAUUUCUGACAUUAUUAUGUGCAAAAAACAUUCCUUUAUAGUUGAAAUACACAAAUUGUCACAUUUAAUUAACUUUAGGAGUUAUAAAUUAAAUUGCUAAACCAGAAUAACAAUAUGAUAAAGUUAAUCCUGAAUUUAAUCAAGAAUUCGAAUUGUAAACAUAUUAUUAUUUAAAGUUAAUACUAGUUCUGUUCCUCCUCUAAUCUCUACUUUAUAAAUUCAAUUUUUCAUCAGAACUGAAAACACUUUACCUAUACUUUGGGGUUAAGCUUAAUUAAAGAUAUAAUAAUUGGAUGAUCAAGUUAUUAAAUAAGUUGAACUUAAAUUAGUAGAUCCAGUAGGUAGAGACCUUGGUUCCACUAUUGAAUUGGAAGCAUAAAUAGUGUUAAACAAAGUAAUUUUAAAUAUUUGCUAAUAGAUAAAAGCAUUAAUAUUUAUAGGCUCAACUAUAAAAAUUUGAAUAGAAAAUUUUUACUUUAGAUAAUGAUUUGAUUGAAUAUAAAAAUAAUUUAGAAAUAAUUGAGAGACCAUUCAAAGCUAAAUAAUUAUCAAAAGAAUAGAAUAAUAAAUAAUUAUCAUCAAAUAUAUUUAAUUAAUAACUACAUACUUCUUAAAAUUAAUAAGAUUAAGAUCAAAAUAUCUAUGAAAUAGAUUAAUAAUAACAUUAAUUAAAUUCACCUUAAGAACAUAAAGAAUAAAUAUUAUCUAUACUAUAAUCUGAUAAAUAAAUAGAAAUUUAAGAUGAAACACCAGAAGCUCCUGAGAUUCUUUAACAUGGUGUUAUCAUAUUCACAAUUUAUGGAUUAAUCACUUUAUUUGUUUGUUCUGCCAAACCUUCUUUUUUAGAUGUAUAUAAUAUAUUUCUAUAAAUAGGUUUUAGUCUGUCAUGGAUUAAUGUUUACUAUUUUGAUGGAUAGAUUUGAGCCAUUUCAUAUUAAAUUGGUUGGUGCAGGACUUCUUGCUUCAAUUUUAUAUGAUAUUUUGUGGAUGAAAUAAUAUCAUGUAAUGAAUUUCUUAUUAAAUUAGUUAUGGUGGUAUAGUGAUGAUUAAAAUAAUCCAGAAUGGGGAUUGAAUGCUGUUAAUUUAUUAAGAUUUGUUCUAAUCUUUACUUAUAUGUAAUUCCUAUACAAAGUAUUUUACUUAAAUUAUUAGUAGUUUGUUGUAUGUUAUUAUUUAUAUUAAUUUCAUAGAGAAUCCAUAGACCCUACUAAAAGAUAUGUAUUUACUAUUUGGAAAAUAUAAUAUAAAGUGGGUAAGAAUAGAGAAAGUGUUACUUGGUAAUGA